CCGCGAGAAUACGAGCCAAGCAGAUGACACUUUACAGAUGGACGACGCAGAGGAUGGCCAUGCCAAUGGUUUUACAUUCAACGAUACCUCUGAAUUCGUUCAGGCUAUCUCAUACAACACGACUGUAGUCAAGUCAGAGCCUGCACAGAAAUCAGUAGGGCCCACCCCUGCCAAACAAAUAUCACCCUCUGACCUUUCAGUGGCUGCAGGCGACGAGGCUCUUGAUGAAAUUGAAGCUGGUGAUGUUGUUAAGGAAGGAUUCAGGGACAACACCGUAUCGCUGCAGAUUGCAGCAGCACCAACGGGACGUCUAGAAGAUCCUAUGGGAAACAAGUUUGAGUUCCAGUGCCAGAGAUUGCACAGUAUUUGUUUGGACCCACUUGCAGGUUGA